GUGGAAGUGACGUCAUCGGAGCCCGUAAUGGCGCACGCUUGAAAGCGAAUGCUGUAGUGACCUGUUCCGGUAUUCUCAAGUAAAUUCCUCGUAUCUGCUCCAAGGCAGCAACAUUUCCCUCAAUUUGUGACAAGGAUACAAAUAUUAAGUCAGUCAACAUGAUUAUAACAUUUAAAACACUCCAACAGCAAACAUUCAAAGUGGAAAUUGGUGAAGAUGAAACUGUGUUAAAACUAAAACAGAAGAUCGAGGCAGAUAAAGGGAAAGAUGCAUAUCCCCAUGGAAACAUCAAACUUAUCUAUGCAGGUAAAAUUUUAAAUGAUGAUAACCCUCUCAAGGAGUACAACAUUGAUGAGAAAAGUUUUGUCGUUAUUAUGGUUGCCAAGCCCAAACCUGCACCAGCUGCUGUAGCACCAGCGCCAGUAACUACCACCAUCCCUCAGGCUGCCACAGCUAGUCCCAGUACACAGGCAUCAAGCACAGCUCAAGAGGAUUCUAAACCAGAGGCCAAACCUGAUGAAGCCAAAUCCACCAGCACUGAGACUGCAGCUUCUGCAACCACCACUGCUUCCACCCCUGCUGCAAGCACCCCCCGCAGCUACAUAGAGGAGGCAGAGUCAGCACUGGCCACUGGUACAGAAUAUGAGGGCCUUGUUACAGAGAUUAUGAACAUGGGAUUUGAAAGAGACCAGGUUGUAAGAGCUUUACAAGCAAGUUUCAAUAACCCGGACAGAGCGGUUGAAUACCUCACGACUGGUAUUCCAGACCUGCCGUCUGAAAGGGUGGGUGAUCAAGGUGGCCAAGAUGAGGGAGAGGAGGAAACAGCUGCAGAGGGUGUCUCAUCGCUAGAGUUCUUACGGACACAGCCACAGUUCAUUACGAUGCGACGUAUGGUACAACAAAAUCCAGGUGUUCUUCCGCAGCUUCUGCAGUCCAUGGGGCAGUCCAAUCCAAGUUUGCUACAGCUGAUCAGCAGUCACCAGGACGAGUUCAUUCGGAUGCUGAAUGAACCUGAUGAUGGCCCGCAGCCGGCCGCAGGAGGGGAGGGGGGUCAGCAGUCGGUGCCUGGAGAAGGAGCCCCACCCCCAGGGGUCAGCUAUAUCCAGAUCACACCGGUGGAGAAGGAGGCCAUUGAAAGAUUGAAGCAGUUAGGAUUCCCCGAACCGCUGGUAAUCCAAGCCUAUUUUGCAUGCGAGAAGAAUGAGAACCUCGCUGCGAACUUCCUCCUAAAUCAAGGCUCCGACGAUUUAUAGGAUGCCCUGGAACGCUAAUAGAAUUCUAUGCUUUAUCCAAGCAAAGAACACUCCAGAUGUAUCUAGUCUAGACGUUGUUUGUCUGGCUAUCGCAAUCGAAAAGAUUCUUAGCCUGUGAACUAUCGGAGCUUAUGCUAUAGAUUAUUUGAAAAAUGGUAUUGUAGUAUGCAGAGCGGCGCUUUAGACAAAAUGUGUUAAACUUUUUAUUUGGUAUUGCCUUAUGGUUCUAUUCGACAAAAGGAAAAGAAUAGUGUGUAUGAAAUUUCCUGUUAAGAGUGCCGCAAAAAUAGCACUUUGACAAAUGACGAACUAGGGCCUUGAUGCCUUGUGCAGAAUAAAGUUGUCCAUGAUGCCUUGUUCCAGGGUAAAUAAACAACAUUAUCCCAACCGGUUAAACAUUUUCUAUGUCAAAAUUUUGUUCCAACGCAAUAAAAGUAGGCCAAUCUGCUCCAGUACGUGUGCUUGCAGAAAAUACAACCAAGCGUUGCGAUAACGUUAAAAACAAAACCAUCUUUACCUCCGAUUGCCGUCUGUCAUCAACUGAGUAGAAUACACAUAGUCCAUAAAUGGUAGACUUUAGUAAGCCAACCUAGUCGAACCAGUUGAUAAUAACAACAAUUUGAAAUCUGCUCUUUGGCAUUAUACUUUUAUUUCAGUUGAAAUAAAGUAUCUUAAUUCAG